AUGGUGGGUGACGGUGGUCACUUUGACGAGCUGACUCGACAACAUUUAAUCCAGACUACAAUGAGGCAGCAGCAAGAGCCGCCAAUGCUUUCGGAAGAAUCGUCCAAGACCGUUUCGUCGACACAACAGGAUACCCCACAUCAUCACGGAUUGAACAAUCUCUGCGAGGCGAUCCUUACUCGAGAAAUGGAAUCUAAGACGAAGGACUCGACGAUGGAACACAAGCCACUACCAGCUUCCUUACAAGUGAGCAGCCAAGCGCAAGCAGGACAGUCCAAUCUUAAAGUGCGAGCAUCCAAAACACGUCCAACGACACAACCAAGUCCUCCCAAUGCCUCUCCUUUUCAGUUCUCAACAAUGCUUGGUCACAGCGCAUUGCCCACCGCAGUCACCAUUGAUGACGAACCUAUGCAUCACCCAUGGCCUCCACGUCAACCGUUUGUACGGCUGUUUGGCAAUGGCCAACGUCCGCCGCAUCUUCCUUCUCCUUUCAUCCGACGCGACGAGCACAUGAACCAUCCUGCCCAAUUGUUCCGACAACCGUUCGUCCCUCAACCUGUCAAGACGACCUCGACGAUGGACUACGAAGUGUUUGAUGUGGACAAUGACACGGUCCUGCUGGAACAGCAGCAGCAGCGCCCUGUAACUCAACCCAGCAACGCAAUGUUCCCCAGCAAUCCCUUUGUAACGGGUGAUCCUAGUAGCUCGGCAAUGGGAAUAUUCCCUCCUCACGUGCGCUAUCCAGCAGUGCAACAACCACAGCAACAUCCAAUGCCAACCAACCGCUCUACGAUCGGACAAGAUGGUCAAUCGAUGCAUGCUCCAGUCGUUGUCCAAACGGGAUUUGGCCCGGCCCUGCUCCUACCGGUAUCGCCCUCCGUGAUGACUUCACCGCCGCCGUUGCGACUUUCCCCGAAUCCCUCGAGUUUUCAUCACAUGCUUCAACCAAGGGGCCCUGCACAAUCACCAAUUACGUCUGUGGAUGUUGAAGAUGACGACGACUCGACGGAGACCUCUAACGACGACGACGUAUCCAUCUUAUCGCCGCCAACACAACCAACCAAGGUUCAGGACACACGCUUUCAACGAUGGACCGAGGAAGAGGACCAGCUGUUGACCCGUGCUACCAGUGAGCAGGGUGGACCGCCGUACAAUUGGAAUCGCAUUGCUACCAAGUACUUUCCAACCUCUCGAACAGGACCACAAUGCAAGGCACGAUGGAAGAAAGCCCUCAAGCCUGGCCUGAAACGAGGCAACUGGGACCCGGAGGAAGACCGUCUGAUCGUGCAGUUGCACGCUGAAGGGCUCAAAUGGACGGAGAUUGCAGAACGGAUUCCUGGUCGUGUGCCCGAUCAUUUGCGUCAACGUUUCAUGAAUGCUUUGGAUCCGAAAAAGAAAAAGACGCCUUGGACCCAGGCAGAAAACAAGAUACUCUACGAAGCUCAGAAGCGCCUUGGGAACAAGUGGUCCGAGAUGUCCAAGCUCAUACCUGGUAGAUCCGAGAAUGAUAUCAAGAAUCGUUGGCACAAUGCCAAAAUGGCGCAGCGUCGCAAGCUCCGACGAAUGGCCAAUCAUAGUGCUCGUCGAACCCCCCUUGCCGGUCAAACCUCGUUGGGGACCCCCAUCGAUUCAGCUGCGAGUCCAUCUCCCGCCUCCAAAGCAAGCCCACAAGAUAUUUGCGCUCUCUGA